AUGUUUGAAUCUGAUUUGGUUGACAAAUGCUAUUGUCUGUGCUCAUCCGAUAUCUGUACCCCAUUUACCUUGAGAAUGAAGUGGCUAGCACAUCCUCAUCAGCAGGUUGAAGAGCCAACACCUCGCGAAUAUGCCGCACAAUUCGGUUCUUAUGCGGAAAUAUAUGGCAGAAGCCUGAGCCUGAGCCAUCACGUUAUCAUGGUGCGUCAAGCAACAUUUGCUGCGCUAGAUCUCAGGCAUACCUGUUUGGAUAGGCCUGGAUAUAGUCGUUACCCUGGUCCCGAUUGGAUGCAUUUUCUGGGUCCAGUGACAGAACUGGAACCAGACGAGAUUGAUUUCGAGGCUCUUAAUGUAGAUGAGGAGGCAAUUCUUCAGUUGGAGGAGAUGGUCGUCAUGUUUCAGGACUUUGUGCUAACCGGCCGCCAAACGACUAUUUCAAGCAAGAGUGACGCUCUUGAUAUCGAUUAUUCGGCAUUCAACGACCCAGCCGCCCUUGGCAUAGACGACCUCUACUACCAGCGCAUUUUAGAAUUUUGGCACAACAUUUGGGUAUGUAGGAUUCAGAUUGCUCUGGAUACUGUUGCCAAAAGUUGGGAGAACAAGCUUAAUGGGCUGCAUGAUCCUGUCCAACUUUCGACUUGUGAGGAGGCAAGUGAAGACACAGAAAGCAGUGAGGAAAGUGAUGACGAUGCUGUUUUCAACAGAAUUAUUCAGCGGAUCCAGGAUAUCUAA